GAAGCCGCGGCUCCGCACGCGCCGACCCCUGAGGCGCGGGGGCCGCUGCCGAGGUGCGCGGCCACUUGCCCGGCGACGCCGUCGCGCGCCGACCUCUCCCGGCGUCCCCGCGCUGACGCCCCGGGCCCCCGGGCCCCCGGGCCCAGGUCGUGGGGGCCGAGCGAGCGACCUUGCCGGGUGUGAUGUGGGCGCCCUGGCCGGUGGCCGUCGCCGCGGGAUCCCAGGCCGCUGGCGCGGAGCCUCGGCCUGACGCGUGCUGAGAAGGGAGAUGAAGGAAUAGACGACCGGAGUGAGGUGGCUUUCCCCGUCACCCUGGCGUCCGAUUGUCCUGGGGACACGGCGUGAGAAGGAAGAAUGGUAUACAAAUGAAAAAAGUAUCAACCUAUAUGAUUUGAAUAUGGCAAGACAAGAAUAAGUGCUGCUUUCACGAUUGCUUGAAUUCAGGACUUUACACUGGAAGGAAAGUUAGCUGUAAGCUCUAAUUUCUUAGUUCUAAUAAGCAUCUCUCCUUGGGAACCGGACAUUUAAAAAAAAAGGAGUCCUUUGAAGAAUGUACUUCUUAAAUCAACCCCAGCUUCUCCUCCAUACAAAGAACUCUUACUGAUACUAGCAGAAAAGAAGCAAAUUAAACUAAAAGCUCACCUGCAAAACUAAAAGCUCACUUGCAAAUCAGAAGAACAAAGAAAUGGAGUUUUGAGGAGUGAAGGUAGCAUGGCGUCGGCCAUGGGUGAUCAAGACACAGCCAGACAAUGUGGAUCAGUUUCUUCAAACUACGGCUUUUCUGCUGUCUGCUUGCAGUGUUGAUGGUGGUGGUGCUGGUCAUCAAUGUUACUCAGGUUGAGUACUUGGACCAUGAGACUGUUGCAGCCACAUUCAUCGAUAGUAGCGGACAGUUUGUUUCCUCCCAGAUGACAGGAAUUAGCCGGAAUCCUUACUGUGGCUACGAGCAUCAGACUCUGUCCAGUCGGGAGCGCAUGGAGGAGGACUCCUUGCUGGCCGCCUUACAGUGGCAGGUGCCUGAUGUGGGUCCAGUCCCCUUUUUAAAGAGCACUGACCCUUCUUCCAGCUACUUUGUUAUCUUGAACUCUGCAGCCUUCUUCAAGGUGGGAAGCCAACUAGAAGUGCUGGUUCAUGUACAGGAUUUUCAAAGAAAGCCCAAGAAAUAUGGUGGAGACUACCUGCAGGCCAGAAUCCACUCCCCUAAGCUGCAGGCAGGGGCUGUGGGCAGAGUGGUAGACUACCAGAAUGGGUUUUACAAGGUCUUUUUUACUUUGCUCUGGCCAGGCAAAGUUAAAGUGUCCAUAUCUCUGGUCCACCCGACUGAAGGGAUCAGAGUUCUUCAGCACCUACAGGAAGAGAAGCCACACAGGGUCUAUUUCAAGAGUCUCUUUCGUUCAGGAAGAAUUUCUGAAACCACGGAGUGCAAUGUGUGUCUUCCUGGGAGUCUGCCCUUGUGUAACUUUACAGAUCUCUACACUGGAGAACCCUGGUUCUGCUUCAAACCAAAGAAGCUCCCUUGCAGCAGCAGAAUUAACCAUUUCAAAGGAGGAUACCUGAAGGGCCUUCUGACUACUGCAGAGAAUGCUUUCUUCCAGAGUGGUGUCAAUAUCAAAAUGCCAAUCAACUCCAGUGGACCUGAUUGGGUGACUGUGAUUCCCACGAGCAUCAAAGAAACGAAGAAUUCAGAACUAUCUCAAGGCUCAGGAAUUUUUCCUUCUGGGUAUUAUUAUAAAGAUCAAUGGAGGCCCAGAAAGUUUAAGAUGCGCCAGUUCAAUGACCCUGACAACAUUACAGAAUGCUUACAAAGAAAAGUGGUAUAUUUAUUUGGUGACUCAACAAUCAGGCAGUGGUUUGAAUACCUUACUGCCUUUGUUCCAGAUUUAGUGGAGUUUAACUUGGGUAGUCCCAAGAAUGUGGGUCCUUUCCUUGCGGUGGACCAGAAGCACAACAUCCUGCUCAAGUAUCGCUGCCAUGGUCCACCCAUCCGUUUUACAACUGUCUUUAGCAGUGAGCUCCGUUAUGUGGCAAAUGAGCUGAAUGGCAUCGUGGGAGGGAAGAACACGGUGGUUGCCAUAGCUAUAUGGUCUCAUUUCAGCACCUUCCCCUUGGAAGUGUAUAUCCGGCGGCUUAGGAAUAUCCGUCGAGCAGUGGUCCAGCUCCUGGAUCGAAGCCCUAAGACCGUGGUAGUCAUCCGAACAGCUAAUGCCCAAGAGCUGGGGCCUGAGGUGAGCCUUUUCAACAGUGACUGGUACAACUUUCAGCUGGACACUAUCCUUCGGAAGAUGUUCUCAGGGGUUGGAGUGUAUCUUGUUGAUGCCUGGGAGAUGACCUUGGCUCAUUAUUUACCCCACAAGCUACAUCCAGAUGAAGUUAUUGUGAAGAACCAGCUAGACAUGUUCUUGUCCUUUGUGUGCCCCUUGGAGACCUAGCCUGCCCUGGAGGGGGACUGGAGGAAUCACAUGACCUGCAUUACAGGAAGUUAAUGGCUGGUCCCAUGGAGAGAUGGCUGCUAUGGACAUGUACAAAAUUUCAAAAAGAACUGGACUUUAUGUAAGACUUACAAGGAGCUUGGAAAAUGCAGGUUGCACUUAUAUCUACCUAUAGGAUUUCUUCCAAUCUUUACAUAGCCAUGGGAGAACCAUUAUGAACAACAUCUACUCACUGUAUUGCCCUGGUAACCAAAGAUGCUAAUGAGUGGGUUUGAAUUAGCCUCUCCUGAGAGGGGAGAUUACUAUGCUAAAACAUGUGAAAAAUGUUCUGAACUAAAUGGUGGG